UCCUCCUUCCUUCCCCGCACAGUCCCGUUGGCCUCUAACGCCACGACGGCGACGAGAGGGAGGGAGAUCGUCGUUCACGUCACACCCUAACCCCCCGCUCUCAUCCUCUAAGCAUGCCUACGGGACGACCCGAGGCCGCCUUGGUGGAAUAUGACGGUGCCGGUGGCGACGAUGCGGCGUUCGCCAAGAGGGGUUGCUGUUUCAGGAUGCCGUGCUUGGGAUACAAUUCGUCGCUUUCUCCGUCCGCGCCUGGAUCCAUGUGGUGGGAGCGGAUGCGGAGCCCCGAGAGCAAGGACCACUGGUGGAGCCGCGGGUGGAAGAAAUUGCAAGAAUGGUCGGAGAUCGUCGCCGGACCCAAAUGGAAGACCUUCAUCCGCCGCUUCAAUAGGGUGAGACCCGGUGGAUAUACGAAGCAGGGCUCGUUCCGGUACGACGCAUCUAGUUACGCCCUGAACUUUGACGAAGGCCAGGACGGUGAAGAAGAUUACUACGUCAACAAUUUCUCGACCAGGUACGCGUCGAUCCCGGCGUCGGCGAAGUCGUCGAUGGACCUUGGGAAGGACGGGCCCACGUUCACGUGAGGAGGGUUUUGGAAUUUGGGAGAUUGAGUUCCAAGGGUCCGAAGUUGGAGCGUUUUUCGGACUGUGGCCAACGGAGGUGGAUUGGAAACAGGUGUUACGUUGCUUCAGGAUUCUGUGGCUUCCUCUAUUUUAUCGGUUGUUUUUUCUCCUUCCCAAGUUUGUUGUAUAAAUCACAAUCUUAAAAUAAGCAAUUCAAGAAAUAAAAAAAAAUUCUCAAAA